AAGACCGUUUUAAGCUCUUCGAAACAAUGUUUCUAUUAAAUGCUUAUCACUAAUAAAAACAAAAUGUUCUCCCAUCUAAUUUACAGUUACUUAUUCCACUUUUCUCCCUUUGUUGUAUGCAAAUUCUUCUACGAGCAUCUCAAUAUAAUAUGAAUUGAUUGAAGGGUACUCAUAGUAUCUACCUAUAUGACAGGAUAUCAGUUUCUGUUACGUGUCGGCCUCAAGCUCGGACAACACCACAUCGAUGUCGGCUAAUCGUCACUUUUCGCACGUACGCUACGAACCCUCCUUACUGCUGGCUAAGCAGCUGUAAUGAAGGAGAUAAUAUUCACCAAAUAUGUUUCAUGCUGUCCAUCAUUACGACUGGCCCAGUGAUCAUAGAUCCAAGCGGGUCGUUUCGAACCGGUCAGCACAUUUUGCGAUCGUAUUGCUGUUUUGUUUUGUUGUUAAUUUUCUUCUUCUCGAUCCUUCCCGCGAACGAACUUUCCUUCUUUCCAUAUCUCAUCACCUCCUUCCCCAGUGUUGCUCUCGCGCUCGCGUUAUGAACUCCACUUUUGGGCCACUCGUACCGGAAGGGAGGGCGAAAACUAACAUUAUGUUUGGCGCCCGUUUCUGCUUUGAUGGGUACUAUGAAUUUCGGUGUACUCGCGCCUUCUAUGCCAGCACACAUACGGCUCCAUACGGUGCGUGUAUGUAUGUGCCCAUGCUUCUAACGAAAAGCGAUGCGAAUGCAUACAAAAAAAAUUGAAAACGAAAUCCCGUAGAAGGAGAUACCGAAUGACGGCGACAGUAAACGGGGGGAGAUAAUGCUGGACUUUUGUUUAUCUUUUGCCUCAUGCCUCAGUACCGAUCGUACCCCACCACCAACGUGAUCAUCAACGGUGGAAGUAAAGCUUCCGGAGGAUGGAAAGAGAGGAGGGAGCUCCGGCUCCAUCAAAUACACAUACACACACACACACACAGACCGAUCAUGCCCGAACUCGAGUGGCCAGUUCCAACGUCAUGCCAUUUCAAACUAGCGGUUGGCGGGUUUUCAACCAUCCGUGAACCGUGGACAACUUCAACCAGCCGCCAGGCAGACACUCGAUGAACCGUGGCUGCCAUCAACCGUUGCCACCACCUCGGCGCCCGACCUCCCACGGAACCCGCGGCAGUGGGUUUUUGGGGUGGGCACCAAACGGCAUCGCAGCAUUUCUCGCAUAGAUAUUUAAAGAUCGGUCGGUUUCAAAAACUGACCAUAACUACCGCGAUCAGCUGCGAGCACAGCGAGACACCGCGUCGGGACGACCGGAAACAAACCGAACCGAUUUGCUGCAGAAAGUUGCUAAGAUUCGAUCAGUGUGCGAUCAUUGGUUGUGAUUCCUGCCGUGUGAGAUACGAUCAGUUUGCAGUGGUAGUGUGACGUUUGCUGAGGUGUUUAAGCGUGGAAAAUAGCGACAUUUGUUCUGCCAAUUUCAUUUUAAUUUGUACGCAAACCAUCCUAGUACCAGUGAUACAGCAUGAAAAUGGCACCGAAGAUUGUUUUUGCCUUCUUUCUCAUCAUCACCAUGCUUGUGUGUGCCUUCGAUGCACUCCCUGUUCCAGAUCAUGCCAAAAUACGUAUACACGUGCCGAUUAAGCAUCACACUCAUCUGCAUACAAAAACCGUGGUGAAAACGGUACAUGUUGGCAUCCCGGUGAAGAACGUUAAAACGCACGACGAUGAGCAUGGUUGGGAGUAUGGCAAGAAGAAGAAGGGCGCCUCCAGCUACCUGUCCUACAUUUGAGCAGUCGGCAGGAUCACACACAUCGAAUGUGUGUCUGUGCGUAUUUAGGCGUUUGGAACCAAAAAAUAGAAAUAAUCAAUAAAUUAUAGGUACUAAUACGUGACAUAAUUGUUUGUCGAGUGAGUUAUGAAAGAAAAAUGCUAUGGAGA